AUCCGAAACUAAAGCAAAUUGCGACUCGUAAAUCAUUUUCAAAAACAUCCAUGCACACAUACAUACUUUGGAUAUAUGAGUAAUCCGCAAGGCUCCUAUCUGAAAAAUCGGUUAAUAGAUUUAGUUACUUAACCUUUAUCAAUUGUUAGUUUGUCUUGUACUUAUAUAUCAAAGUCUCAUUACUAUGUCAGAAUUUGCCAACUUUUCAGCUCAAAGUCCUGCUCACAAUGAAUUUCGUAGUGACACUUUCACUACUCCAACUUUAUCAAUGGUUCAAUCUUUAACUCAAGCUACGUUAGGUGAUGCUGUUUAUAACGAAGAUGAUUCAACAAUUGCAUUAGAAAAAAAAGUUGCUGCUAUUGCAGGUAAGGAAGCUGGUCUUUACUGUGUUAGUGGUACCCUUUCGAAUCAAAUUGCUCUUAGAACUAAUCUUUUCCAGCCUCCUUUCAGUGUAUUAUGUGAUUAUCGUGGUCAUGUCUAUGUUCAUGAAGCUGGUGGAUUAUCGACUUUGUCACAAGCCAUGGUGCAGCCUAUAAAGCCAACCAAUGGUAGAUAUUUAACUUUAGAAGAUGAUAUUUUACCUUACUUUAUCCCAGAUGAUGGAGAAAUUCAUGGGGCUCCCACUAAGUUAAUCUCAUUAGAAAACACAUUACAUGGUAUGAUCUUCCCAUUGGAAGAGAUCAAGAAAAUUUCUAAAUUUUGUAAAGCUAAUGAUGUAAGAUUACACUUAGAUGGUGCUAGAUUAUGGAAUGCAUCCGUUGCUACAGGAAUUUCAAUUAAAGAAUAUGCUUCAUACUUUGAUAGUGUUUCAUUAUGUCUUUCUAAAACUCUUGGUGCUCCAAUUGGUUCUGUUUUAGUCGGUGAUAGAAAGUUCAUAUUGAAAGCAAAUCACUUUAAGAAACAAAAUGGUGGUGGUAUUAGACAAAGUGGUUUAUUAGCUACUAUGGCCAUAACUGCUAUUGAUGAAAAUCUUCCAAAAUUAAAGAAGACUCAUGAAUGGGCUUCAGAAUUAGGUAAACUUUGUGAUGAUAAUGGAAUAAUUUUAGAACACCCAGUGGAAACUAAUUUUGUAUUUAUAGAUUUAAAAGCUAACAAAAUAGAUCCUUCCAAAUUAGUUGAAAUUUCAAAUAAGUAUGGUGUUAAAGCUUAUAGUGGUAGAAUUUCUUUCCAUUAUCAAGUAAGUGAAGAGAGUUUUGAAGCUGUUAAAAAAGUGGUAUUAGAAGCAUUUGAGUAUGCCAAGGAACAUCCACACAAUAGUAGUGAUGCUGUUAGAUUUUAUAGUGUCACUGAAGACGAGUAAGUAAAUCUAUUGCUUAGAUAUAUGCGUUUAUAGAUUUUUCUGUUUUUUUAACUAAUAGACAUAGACUGUUUGUUUUGCAAUCC